AUGGAGAAGCAAACCACCAACUUGGAGAAGCAGGUGCUGGCUGAAGACCCUCCGCGGCAUUCAUCUACCCUCGUGGCAAGCCCAGAACAAGGCGGCAUGGAAGUUGCCAAUGACAACGCAAAAGCUAGUGUCACCGAUGAAUAUCCGCAUGGUGCCCGCCUGGCUGCUGUUGUGCUUUCACUCAUGCUGGGCAUGUUUUUGAUAGCACUCGACAACACCAUCCUCGGCACGGCUAUUCCCAAAAUAACGGAUGAAUUCCAUGACCUGAACAAAGUGUCGUGGUACGGUUCGGCUUAUUUGAUGACAUUUGGCUGUGGCUUCCAAUCAACCUGGGGAAAGUUUUACAAGUACUUCCCGAUCAAGAUUUGGUUUCUCGUUGCCGUAUUUAUUUUUGAAGUGGGCAGCCUCAUCUGCGCCGUCGCUAAAAACCCUACAACUCUGAUAGUCGGCAGGGCUAUCGCUGGCUUCGGCGGAGCCGGAGUUGGUGUGGGAAUUUUCACGAUUAUCGGGUUCGCUGCGCCUCCUGAGAAUCGUCCACAACUUUUGGGCUUUACUGGAGCAACCUAUGGCAUCGCCGCUGUCUUGGGACCACUGAUCGGCGGAGCUUUCACUGACAAAGUGUCGUGGCGUUGGUGCUUCUACAUCAAUCUGCCCAUCGGGGGAUUAGCUGCCGGGUUGAUCUUCUUGCUCUUCAAGACCCCUGGUAGCGCAGCCCCGGCAAAGGCUACACCGAAAGAGAAGUUCUUGCAAAUGGACCUCGUCGGCGCCACCCUUAUGAUGGGAUUGAUCGUUUCAUUUAUCCUGGCGCUACAAUAUGGCGGCCAAACACAUUCCUGGAAGAGCAGCGAGGUUAUAGGACUGCUCGUCGGCUUUUGUGUGUUUAUUCUAGCCUUUGUGGCUUGGGAAACCUACCAGAAGGAGCGUGCAAUGAUUGUUCCACGGCUGUUCAUGAAAAGCUACAUUUCCGUGGGCUCCAUCUUCAUGUUCUUCUUUGGCGGCGCCUACUUCAUCGUCCUUUACUAUCUGCCGAUCUAUUUCCAGAGCGUCUAUAACAGCAGUCCAAUUGGAUCUGGUGUGAAAAUGCUCGCCCUCAUCAUUCCACUAACCAUCGCUGCCAUCCUACAGGGAUUUGCGCUAUCCAAAAUCCGCAUCGUACCUCUUUUCUGGGUUAUAGGUGGCGGUUUGGCAACCGUCGGCUCUGGCCUAUUCUAUACCUUUAAUACUGAAACAUCUAUUGGCAAGUGGAUUGGGUAUCAGAUUAUUGUUGGCCUCAGCACGGGUUGGACAUUCCAGAUUGCCAUGUCAAACGCGCAAGUCCAUGCUUCACCAGAGGACAUGUCGCAGGCUACAGCUAUCCUUAAUUUCUUCAUGACCGUUGGUGGAGCUUUCUUUCUCGCAGCAGCACAAUGCGCCUUCAACAAUCAGCUGAUUAAAACAAUUGCCGUAAAACUCCCCGAAAUCGACCCCAGGGUAGUUAUUACGACCGGUGUGACACAAAUCCGGGAAGCUUUUAACGGGACGCAAGUUUCCAUCAUCGUGGAUGCCUACAUGGUUGGUCUGAAAGCUGUCUUUGUGAUUACAAUUGCCGGCUUUGGUCUCGCCACCGUGGUUGGAUUCUUUGGUAGCUGGAAGAAGAUCCACAGUGAUGAGCUGAAGAAGGCGACUGGUGGCGCUGCAUGA